UUUUAUCACCUCGUAUAUCCGAAAUCAGAUAAAACAACAACUACAAAGAAUAUCUCUUAGGUCUAAUAAAACAACAAGUCAUCAGCAACAUCAAAGAAUAGCUCUUUUGAAGGCAAAGAAUAUUUCUGUACAAGUUAAGUUUCAUGUUUCAUCCAUCGAUCUCAUGCAUUUCUACAUUGCACCAAAUCCCAACAGAUGAUGAUCAGAUUAGAGCAGUCGUUUGGAAUUUCACUCAAGGUUAUUUAUGUAAUUGUACACAAUAGUGUCCUAUUGUGAGCUUCGCUAAAGUUCCAUCCAUGUACCCUUCCUGAUUUUCAUUUUUGAAUGAAAAUCAAUCAGUAUAAUAUCCCCACAAAACAAUAACACCCUUCUGUGACAAACUCUUCUCUCACUCUAAUAUUCAUGGAGAUGAGAGUUGGAGAAACAUCAAAUAAUGCUCCAAAUAAUAUUCAUGACCAUCACUACAACCUCAACAGCUUUGACACUACUACUAGUGAAGACGAGCUAGAAAUUGAAGAAGAAGAAGAUGAUGAAGAUGAAUACGAAGAUGAAGAAGAAGAGGAAGAAGAAGACGAACCGAAGAACUUGCAUGGACGAAAUAAGAAAAGAUACGGCAAGAACAAUAAAAGCAGUAUAGCUGGAACAUUAUUAGGAAGAGUUUUAGAUCCAAGAGCUAAAUGGGUACAAGAAUGGAAUAGAGUUUUUCUACUAGUAUGUGCAACAGGAUUAUUCGUAGAUCCUCUAUUCUUUUACGCGUUAUCGAUAAGUGAAACUUGUAUGUGUUUGUUCAUAGACGGAUGGUUUGCCAUUACUGUGACUGUUCUUCGUUGCAUGACUGAUGCUUUGCAUGUUUGGAACAUGUGGUUACAACUUAAAAUGGCUAAAAGAUCGUAUUCAGGUACUUGGGGUUUAGAAAGAGAGAGCAAUGAAAUUCAUCAUAAAAUGAAUGCUAACAGAUCUGUAGCUCUCCGGUAUUUGAAAGCCAAGAAGGGGUUUUUCUUUGAUCUCUUUGUCAUCCUUCCAGUUCCUCAGGUCGUGUUAUGGGUAGUAAUACCCUCUCUUUUGGACAAAGGAUCGACGACAAGGGUGAUGACGAUAUUCUUAAUCAUGUUCUUGUUCCAGUAUCUCCCUAAGAUUUAUCACUCUGUUUGUUUUCUACGUCGCACACAAAACUUCUCUGGUUACAUUUUCGGAACUGUUUGGUGGGGAAUUGCACUUAACAUGAUAGCUUAUUUCGUUGCAUCACACGCGGCAGGUGCAUGUUGGUACUUGUUAGGGCUUCAAAGAGCAUCAAAAUGUCUGAAAGAACAAUGUAGAGCCACUGAUGGAUGUGGGUUAAAGAUAUUAUCAUGUGAGGAAGCUGUUUAUUAUGGUACAAGUGGAAUGGUGUUAGGAGAUAAAGUAAGAUUGGGUUGGGGUGAAAACAGGCAUGUUCGGUUUAUGUGUCUCGACACUGCCGAUAAUUUUGGUUAUGGUGCGUACAAAUGGACUGUUCCUUUAGUUACUAAUAAUAGCCGCUUGGAGAAAAUUCUCUUCCCCAUCUUUUGGGGCCUCAUGACAUUGAGCACAUUUGGAAACCUAGAGAGCACAACUGAAUGGUUGGAAGUCGUCUUCAAUAUCAUCAUUCUAACCAGUGGGCUCAUAUUGGUGACUAUGUUGAUUGGAAAUAUUAAGGUAUUUUUGCAUGCAACCACAUCCAAGAAACAAACAAUGCAACUGAAGAUGAGGAACAUGGAGUGGUGGAUGAGACGGAGAAAAUUGCCACCAGGGUUCAAGCACAGAGUACGUCAAUACGAACGUCAAAGAUGGGCCGCCAUGAGAGGUGUCGAUGAGUGUGAGAUGAUUGCUAACCUCCCUGAAGGUCUCAGAAGAGACAUCAAAUACCAUCUGUGUUUAGACUUGGUUCGACAGGUGCCAUUGUUUCAACAUAUGGAUGACUUGGUUCUCGAGAACAUAUGCGACCGUGUGAAAUCACUCAUUUUCCCGAAGGGUGAAACGAUAACCAAAGAAGGUGAUCCAGUUCAAAGGAUGUUAUUUGUGGUAAGAGGACAUCUGCAGAGUAGUCAAGUACUGAGAGACGGAGUAAAGAGUUGUUGUAUGUUGGGUCCAGGUAACUUUAGUGGCGAUGAGCUAUUAUCAUGGUGCCUUAGACGACCAUUUAUAGACCGUUUACCUCCUUCCUCAUCAUCAUUGGUGACCCUCGAAACAACAGAAGCUUUUGGUUUAGAAGCGGAAGAUGUUAAAUAUGUGACACAACAUUUUAGAUAUACUUUCGUUAACGAGAAAGUGAAGAGAAGUGCACGAUAUUACUCUCCCGGGUGGAGAACUUGGGCUGCUGUUGCAAUUCAAUUAGCUUGGAGGAGGUAUAGACAUCGGUUGACGCUCACAUCAUUGUCAUUCAUACGUCCUAGAAGGCCGUUAUCGCGGUGUUCCUCAUUAGGAGAAGAUAAAUUACGACUUUAUGCUGCUUUGCUAACUUCUCCUAAACCCAAUCAAGAUGAUUUCUCUUUCUAAACGGGUUCUUCGGUUUAUAUUCGUUGAACCCGGAAUACCUAAAUGUAUACGUUAUUUAUAAUACUGUGAAAUAUAAAAGUGUCAUUGUUUCAUGUAUCCAACAUUUUGAUAUCACAUCUGCAAUUUGCUUAUGAUACAUUUAUUAUGUUG